UAUUUCAGUAGUUAAUUUUGCUAUUCAUUUUAUUAUUUUGUUAAUAUGGCGCAACCUAAACCUAAUCAGCCGCUUGCUUUGAACGACCUUUUAAUACAGAAUGUUAAUACUUGGGGCAAUGUGCAAUAUAAUAUACCUCUGCGACUUUCCAGCAAUGAGACCAGGACUGGUACAAGUAUUGGGCUUAGACACAUACCUCCUAUAUCGCAAAGCUUGGAUUGUAAAAUCAAAGACCCACUUCCAAAACGAGCCACAGGCCGUGACAUGGUGGUUGAAAAGGAAUCAUAUAAAACAACAACGGGCGAAUAUUGUGUGAAGCCAAAUCCUAAUAAAGCUAUGGAGCGAUCUGACUGCGCCAUCAACUGCAAAAGAGUUUGCUUUAUGACUGGACUUGAGAAACGGUUACAAGCGAAAAAUAUAACACAACCGUUAAUGAUAUCAGAAAUGAAAGACAAUUUUAGGGGCCUGGAAAAAUCACCAUUAGCUCCACCAGACGUGGAUAUUAGAGCUCCUGAUCCUGAAUUUAUUUUUGAUGCUGUAGCAGCUGGAAGAAACGAAGCCCCUGUGAUAUUUGACAACGCUGCAGGAGGUUUCAGAAAGUUACUUGAUCCCUACGUAUCGACUUACAGAACGUACCACAGACCUUUUACUCCUGACGACCAGUAUGGGAUUGGAGCCAAAGACCAUAUUACUUUUUAUUCGGAAUCGAAUACUCCAAAGAUUAAAGGUUUUGGACCAAGGCACAAAGAAAUAUGGAUGCCAUUGACGGGAAAAGUUCACAGAGGCGUGUAUGACAGGAUCCAUGUCAAAAAAGAAUACAAGGAGGUUGCUGCUAGUCAUAAUCCAGUUAAUAAUUUGAAAGGGGUAUUCAUAUCGGAAACAAAGAAGAAGUACAAUACGCCGUUUGCGAUAUCAUCCCUUGCAUCUUGGGAUCAUGGAGAAGUAUUUGACCUGGCUCCAUUCCCUCCGAAUCCAUACCAAACGAACAUAGCACCUUUCAUGUACUGCAGUGAUUAUUGCCACAUUGCUCAAGGGACUCCCCCAUACACAGUCAUAGACCAAUUCGCCCAUAUAAUGCCAACACAUAAAAAGUGCGUAGAAAGAUAUAUUGUGUCAAAAGAUUAUGAAGUCAUAGCACAGUUAUACGGCAUGGCUCCAAUACGGCUCCAACUCAGCAAAAAACACAGUGCUGGAGCCGUGCCGGAGCCGAGCUAA